AUGGAUGAUGAUGAUGAUGAUGAUGAUGAUGAUGAUGAUGAUGAUGAUGAUGAUGAUGAUGAUGAUGAUGAUGAUGAUGAUGAUGAUGAUGAUGAUGAUGAUGAUGAUGAUGAUGAUGAUGAUGAUGAUGAUGAUGAUGAUGAUGAUGAUGAUGAUGAUGAUGAUGAUGAUGAUGAUGAUGAUGAUGAUGAUGAUGAUGAUGAUGAUGAUGAUGAUGAUGAUGAUGAUGAUGAUGAUGAUGAUGAUGAUGAUGAUGAUGAUGAUGAUGAUGAUGAUGAUGAUGAUGAUGAUGAUGAUGAUGAUGAUGAUGAUGAUGAUGAUGAUGAUGAUGAUGAUGAUGAUGAUGAUGAUGAUGAUGAUGAUGAUGAUGAUGAUGAUGAUGAUGAUGAUGAUGAUGAUGAUGAUGAUGAUGAUGAUGAUGAUGAUGAUGAUGAUGAUGAUGAUGAUGAUGAUGAUGAUGAUGAUGAUGAUGAUGAUGAUGAUGAUGAUGAUGAUGAUGAUGAUGAUGAUGAUGAUGAUGAUGAUGAUGAUGAUGAUGAUGAUGAUGAUGAUGAUGAUGAUGAUGAUGAUGAUGAUGAUGGUGAUGAUGAUGAUGAUGAUGAUGAUGAUGAUGAUGAUGAUGAUGAUGAUGAUGAUGAUGAUGAUGAUGAUGAUGAUGAUGAUGAUGAUGAUGAUGAUGAUGAUGAUGAUGAUGAUGAUGAUGAUGAUGAUGAUGAUGAUGAUGAUGAUGAUGAUGAUGAUGAUGAUGAUGAUGAUGAUGAUGAUGAUGAUGAUGAUGAUGAUGAUGAUGAUGAUGAUGAUGAUGAUGAUGAUGAUGAUGAUGAUGAUGAUGAUGAUGAUGAUGAUGAUGAUGAUGAUGAUGAUGAUGAUGAUGAUGAUGAUGAUGAUGAUGAUGAUGAUGAUGAUGAUGAUGAUGAUGAUGAUGAUGAUGAUGAUGAUGAUGAUGAUGAUGAUGAUGAUGAUGAUGAUGAUGAUGAUGAUGAUGAUGAUGAUGAUGAUGAUGAUGAUGAUGAUGAUGAUGAUGAUGAUGAUGAUGAUGAUGAUGAUGAUGAUGAUGAUGAUGAUGAUGAUGAUGAUGAUGAUGAUGAUGAUGAUGAUGAUGAUGAUGAUGAUGAUGAUGAUGAUGAUGAUGAUGAUGAUGGUGAUGAUGAUGGUGAUGAUGAUGGUGAUGAUGAUGAUGAUGAUGAUGAUGAUGAUGAUGAUGAUGAUGAUGAUGAUGAUGAUGAUGAUGAUGAUGAUGAUGAUGAUGAUGAUGAUGAUGAUGAUGAUGAUGAUGAUGAUGAUGAUUGA